AUGAGUGCGGUGCCCCUCGUGGGCUACAGCAGCAGCGGCUCGGAGGAUGAGGCCGAGGCCGGGGCCCGGGUUCGGCCGGGGGCUGAAGGCCGCAGUCGGCGCCAGAGCCCCCUUCCCAGCCAGAGGUUGCCAGUACCCGACAGUGUGCUGCACAUGUUCCCUGGCACUGAGGAGGGGCCUAUGGAUGAUAGUGCAAAACAUGGGGGCCGGGUGCGCACAUUUCCCCACGAGCGUGGCAACUGGGCCACCCAUGUCUACGUACCUUAUGAAGCUGGGGAGGAGUUCCUGGACCUGCUUGACGCACUGCUGUGCCACGCGCAGACAUAUGUCCCCCGGCUGGUGAGGAUGGAAGCCUUCCACCUCAGCCUGUCCCAGAGCGUGGUUCUGCGCCACCACUGGAUCCUCCCCUUCGUGCAGGCUCUGAAAGACCGAGUGGCCUCCUUCCAGAGAUUCUGCUUUACCGCCGACAGGGUAAAGAUUUACACCAAUCAAGAGAAAACCAGGACCUUUGUUGGGCUGGAGGUCACCUCAGGGCACGCCCACUUCCUGGACCUGGUUGCAGAGGUAGACAGGGUCAUGGAGGAGUUUGACCUCAGCACUUUCUACCAGGACCCCUCCUUCCACAUCAGCCUGGCCUGGUGCGUGGGUGACGCGCGUCUACAGAUGGAAGGGCCAUGCCUGCAGGAACUACAGGGAAUCGUGGAUGAGUUUGAAGACUCUGAGAUGCUGCUGCGUGCAUACGCCGAGCAGAUCCGCUGCAAGUCUGGGAACAAAUUCUUCUCGAUGCCUUUGAAGUGA